AUGGGUCAUACCACCACAGCUGCAGAGGUGAAACAGCGCCUAAUAAAAUAUCUGGCCGUUGCCACAAGGUCGACGCAGCAGGUUGUCUGUGACCACGCCAGUCUAAACGUAGAUGGGCUGCGUGUGAUGCCAUGCCCCAAUAAGCUUAGCAACUGCGCAGCCGAGGCGGAUAAUGAUGACACACUGUUGAAUGCAGAGGGGUCUCGCAUCUUGUGGCCCAUGUGUGCAGACGCAAAACUCGCGGCAUUGCCCGUGGGCAGUGGAGACGGUGUGGGGCCAGCAGGGCGUGCUGUUGGCCGAGAUGUGCUGUGCUUUCUUAUUGAUACGCUCACAUCUGCGCACUUGACUAUAAUGACAGGCAGGCAUCGCCAUGUAUCCAUGACAAUAGGUGUGGAAUUUGCGGAGCCGCUUUGCGUGGGGCAGCCAUUCAUGUUGACGAGCUGUCUGUUGCGGGUGGGUCAACGGAUCAGUUUUUUGAGUGCUGAAAUCCACCAGCAGAGGGGUGAACAGAAGGCCGCUGUGUGCGCGGGCGGAUCACCUCAAGGCGUUCUACGCAGAACAUCCGCAGCAUGCUCCCCAUCCGCCCGCGAGCAGGUUGUGAUGGCUUUGACAUCGUCGUCUGCCGCCCCUCUUGAUUAG